AUGACCAUUACUGCUCAGAAUUCUUUAAAUUAUAAAUUCAAUUUUCGUGGUGAUUAUAUUUUACAUAAACAAACAGAAGAGGAAGUGAAUAGUGGAAUAAAUCAAAUGAAUCAAUUACCAGUAGAUCAGACAAAUGAAUUGAAUAAGCUUAAAGCGGAGACGGAAAAAGAAAACUCGUCAACGUUAUCAUCACUGCCGUCAGUAACAGAAGUCUUCAUUUAA